UUGGCGAGUGCUCUCUCUCCCUCCCUCUCUCUCUACUGUCACCCUCAAAAUCUGUAAUUUUUUGAUCGACUCCAAAUCCCAUCUCUCUCUCUCUCUGUGCAAUGAGUUCGUCAGAAACCCAAAGGACAGCUAAACCCAGUCUCUCUCUAACCUUCAAAUCGGAGAAACCUCAUUUAAACCCAAAGCUCCGAGUUGCAGAAAUCGACUCACUGAGCUCCAAAACCCCUGAGAAGCCCCAACAGUUCCGUCACAAAAGCUUAUGGGAGCCGACCCAGAAGCAGCCGGCGGCUCAGAUCGGAUCUGCGAGACGAAAGAUAGAUUCUUGGUCCGAGGAAAACCCGAUUGAGACCCAUUUUGGUGCCUCCGAGAAGCUACCGGAAAAGUAUGAGAUAUUGAGCGAGUUUUUCGAUUGCUUGGACGCUUCGAUUCGGUUGUUGCGGUUGAGGGGCUUGAUGCCAAGCUUUACCAAUCUUCGCCCGAAAAUUGAGUGUUUAACGGAUAGGAGGUUUACAAUUAGUCACUUGGCUCAGCUGAAGAUUGUUUUACCUGAGGUAAUUGAGAUUACAAAAGUGCUUGUUAAGGAUGAGAGAACCAGUGGUAUGAAGCCGGAUCUUCAUGUCACCAUGAAUGUUGAUGCAGUGGAAAACGAUGACAAGUUGAAAUCUGAAGGUGGUGGGCAUAUGCAUUUGAGGCGAGCCUUCCGCCAUCGGCUUGGAGACAUUUCAAAAUCCCAUCCUGAGGGUUAUGAAAUUCCAGAAGAAACUCUGCCCCCACCAUUCAAUUUUGCAGAGCAACAUAUGCAUCCAGAUACAAUUAAGUGUUCCUUAUCAUCACCUCUUGAGGCAUUGACUGGUGCACAUACAGUUGAGCAACCAGAAGCAUCCAAAACCUACCUUCAAAGUGAUGACGUUCCAGAUGAAACACAUCCAAUGCCAUCUGAUCAAUCAAAGGAGAAUUUGAAUUCAAACAUAAGCGCAAUUCCUGACCCGUCAUUGCCCAAUGAGACAUCAUUUGAAGCACCAGGAGAGCAGCUACCAGUAAUAACAACUCAUCUUCCUCAUUCUUUUCAAAGGCACUUUUCUUUACCAGCCUUCCAAGGCCGAAAUGUUUUAGUUCCAGAGUCAAAUUUUAAUAUAGUUUGCUCCGUUGAGGAAGCUAGUGUUGUUGCUUCGUCAUUUGAAACACUAGUGGAGCAGCAACCAGCAAUAACAUCUCAUCUUCCUCAACCUUUUCGAAGGCACUUUUCUCAGCCAUCCUUUCAAGCUCGAAAUAUUUCACUUCCAGAGUCAAAUGUCAAUGUAGUUUGCUCUGUUGAGGAAGCUAGUACUGCUGUUUCGUUGAGUGGCCAAGUGCCUGCAACUCCAACCAAAGAGACAAGCCCCAUUGAAAGCGACGAUGGUUUACCCACAAAAUGUGCUAGCAUUCUGUCCACUCCAAAACUUGCUUCAACUCCAGUCAAAGAGAUAGGCCCCAUAGAAAAUGAUGAUGAUUUCACCAUAGAAGGUGCUAGUAUUCAGUCCACUCCAGCAAAGCUUGCUUCAACUCCUGCUAGAUUGAUGUCUGCCACACCAGCAUUGCGCCCGCCAAAACGCUGUUAUAUGAGCCCAGAUGACAAUUAUACUAACUCUCCAGAAAAGAUGGUUAGGUAUCCUCCACGCUCCAGGUCGCUGAAAUUUGACACUCCUGUGAAGAAUAAAAUGGUCAAGGAUGAAGUACUUGAUAUGGACAAUGCAUCAAUUGAUAAUGACUUUUCUCAUAUUCCUCCGGAGGAUCUUUUGAAAUUGCUCAAGGAUGAAGAGAGGACGGCAGUAGAGGAGCAAAUUCCCGCCAUUUCACAAGCAAAGAGGGAUAAACAGAUGAUUUCCGGCCUACCUAAACUCUUCGACAUGAUCCAUUUCCUAUUUCAGUCUAUGAACCGUUCUGCCAUCACAAAAGAGGAGCUUGUACACAAGCUAAUUUGGAAUAACUUAGAUUUUACCGAUACAAAUGAAGUUGAAGAGCAGCUUACCUUGCUGCUAGAUCUGGUUCCAGAAUGGAUUUCUGAAGAAAAGUUGGAAUCCGGAGGAGAUUUGCUUUUGAUCCACAUUAACAAAAUGUCAAAUCCAGGUUCAAUACGGGCACAGCUCGAAGCAGCAAACUAGCAAAGUAAUCUGAACAGUGCUAGGGUUUCUGAAGGUUGCUGUAAAAUAAAGACGGUGCACGAUUUCCCGUCUUAUUAAGCAUCUUGGAAUGUUAAUGUUUUAAUUAAUUAGUUGUUCAUGUAAGUAUAGCCCAUCUGCGUGGCUAAUCUGUAGUUAGUAUGUAGGCUUUUGUCAAGAAUGUAAUUUAACAAGAAAAAUUAUGGAAUUAUCUAAUUUUGUUCUCCA